AUGUACUUUCGCAGGAGCGAGCCGCGGCUGAUCAGCUUCCAGAAGGAGGGCUCCGUGGGGCUGCGGCUGUGCGGCGGGAACCGCUCCGGCGUCUUCGUCUCCGGCGUGCAGCCCACCAGCCCCGCGGCGCUGCAGGGGCUCCAGCCGGCGGACAAAAUACUGAAGGUAAACGACAUGGAGAUGAAGGGUGUGACAAGAGAGGAGGCAGUUCUGUUCCUGCUAAGUCUUCAGGAGAGGAUAGACCUGAUAGUCCAGCACUCCCCCGACGAGUACAACGCUGUGGCCAGCGGGCAGACACCCGGCGACUCGUUCCACAUAAAGACGCACUUCCACUACAUGGAGCCGCGCGACGGCGAGAUGUCGUUCCGCAGCGGCGACGUGUUCCACGUGGUCGACACGCUGCACAACGGCACCGUCGGCGCCUGGCAGGUCUACAGGAUAGGUCGCAGCAAUCAGGAGGUGCAGAAGGGCAUAAUCCCCAACAAAGCGCGCGCGGAGGAGCUGGCCACGGCGCAGUUCAACGCCACCAAGAAGGAGAUGUCCGGGAACGACGCGAAGCACUAUUUCUUCCGCAGACGCCGCUCCACGCAUCGCAGGACCAAGAGUCUGGGAAAGGAGCACUGGGACGAGGUGGUGCUGUCGGACAGCAUCAGCAAGUUCCCCGCGUACGAGCGCGUGGCGCUGCGCGCGGCCGGCUUCGUGCGGCCCGUCAUCGUGCUGGGCGCCGCGGCCGACCUCGCCCGCGACCGCCUGCUCGCCGACCACCAGGACUCCUUCGCCACGCCCAAAAUGGACAGCACGUUGGAGGAGAGCAAGACCAAGUCGGCCGGCAUCAUCCGGCUGUCCAGCAUCCGCAGCAUCAUGGAGCGGGGCAAGCACGCACUGCUCGACAUCACCCCCAACGCCGUGGACAGGCUCAACUACGCGCAGUUCUACCCCAUCGUGAUAUUCCUCAAGGCCGACAGCAAGCACACCAUAAAGCAGCUCCGCGCCGGACUACCGAAAUCGGCGCACAAAUCAUCGAAGAAGCUUCUAGAGCAGUGCCAGCACAUGGAGCGCGUUUGGGGCCACGUGUUCACCCACACCAUCACCCUGAGCGAGGCCAACCUCAGCAGCUGGUUCGGGAAGCUGGUCGAGCUGAUCCAGCGCACCGACCAGCAGAAGUUCUGGGUCUCCGAGACCAAGCACGUUGAAAUGGUGUCGGACAUAUACUUCCCGGUCCCCCCCCCCCCCUGUCCGGCCUUCUACCCGAUAUCGCCCCCCAUCAGCUACCACCAUCCGCAAUCGCCUCACAGGACGAUCCGUCCGCAUAACAUGCCCCCAUCUUACAACACGACUAACAGCAAGCGCCACGAUCAAAUAUACGACGCGAACAGGAACCACGUGGUCCCCUACUACUACUCCGAGACCCUAACUCCAUGCAUGCCUAAUACUAAUACUCACAGCGUUCCUAACCCUAGCCCGGGCAACAGAAAUAGGCACACCUUCGCCAGUUAUCCGUACGACGAGAGGCAGAGGCACUACCAGCGAAUGAGGAUCAAUGCUAGAAUGAACAACUCGGCCAAUCCCCCCGAGGUGUUAUAUGGCCAAUACAAAAGCAAUCCGGUACAGCCGUACAGGCCGUACAGCGUCCUGGAAGCCUCUAAGCCCGGUUCCGGGUUCGAUCCUUCGAACACGAGACCGUCAGUCAUGCCAGUAACCGAGCAGUUCCUGCCGGCGUCGGUAUUCUUCCAAAACGAGCCGAAGACCCUCGCCGACGAGGGGCCCGAAUGGAAAACGCGACUCAGAACGGACCCGCCUAAGCUCCUAGACAAACCCACGAAGCCGGUAUGCAGGAUCCCCCACUGCAAAUGCAACGGGAAACCGGGAAACCUAACCCAACAAACGAGGUUCAGCGAACCGCGCACCCUACCAGCCAUCUCGCCCAGGUCUCUGGCCAGACUAAAGAACCUAUCUCUGCCGACUCUCAAGUUGGAUGAGUUCGAAAGGGAAGAGAAGUUCGACAGUGCUGAGGCGGAAAGAGAUGUAGCUAGUGCACUAACCAAACCGAUUUCCGAACAGCACUUGGGUUAUGUU